GAUGGAGCCACCUAAUACCAGGAACCCACCAGAGAGAUGUCCCCGUCCUCUGUAUUCCCAGGAUUCCACACAGGAAGGUUAAAGACAAGAUAAAAGAGGAGGAGGAUGAGGAUGGGGGGAUUGAGGAGUCAGAGCUUCUAAGAGAACACAAAGAUCUGUACCAGGACACCAUGGGGGAGUCAUCCAGCUACAGGAACCCACCAGAGAGAUGUCCCCGUCCUCUGUAUUCCUGGGAUUCCACACAGGAAGGUCACACCAUUCCUCACCAUCAUCAGAGUGGAAUCCUCGGGGAUGAUAAUAUUGUUCUUAAGGAAGAAUUUAUAGAGGAGGAUGAGGAGUAUGGAGUGAUGCAGAAGUCCUCAGAAGGGCACAAGGAUAUGAUGGAGCCACCUAAUACCAGGAACCCACCAGAGAGAUGUCCCCAUCCUCUGUAUUGGAUUCCACACAGGAAGGUCACACCAUCCCUCACUAUUACAAGGGUGAAGAUUUAAUAGAUAUAAAAGUUGAGGUUAAAUCAGAAGAAGAAGAGGCGUAUGUGAGGGAUGAUCAGCAGUCUAUGGAGGAGGAUGGAAUAACGGGGACAUUUAUAGAGGAGGACACUCCUACAGAGAUCAGCACAGUCCAUGGCCGGGAGAUGAGGAAAACCUCCGAGGAUUGUCUCACUUUGUCUCCAGACUGGAAAGUAGAAAAUGAGGACAUCACACAGUAUAGUCCAGGAGAAAACCCGGCUCCCUCCAAUGUCCAUCCGGCACCACCCAGUGUAGAUGGACCAUCGGAUUCCUCGUAUCCUGAGGAACCUCAGACUGUGCGGGACCGGGCCGGCCUUCCAACAGGAGGAGCUUCUCCUGUCCUGAGUGCGGGAAGGGUUUGCGUUCUAAACAUGGUCUUAAUGUGCAUAAAAGAUCUCACACGGGGGAGAAGCCGUAUUCCUGUCCUGAGUGUGGGAAAUGUUUUUCAGACAAGUCCUGUCUAUACAAACAUCAGAGAUCUCACAUGGAGGAGAAGCCGUAUUCCUGUUCUGAGUGUGGGAAAUGUUUUUCAGACAAGUCCAAUCUUUACACACAUCAGAGAUCUCACACGGGGGAGAAGCCGUAUUCCUGUUCUGAGUGUGGGAAAUGUUUUUCAGAAAGUCCAGUCUUCACACACAUCAGAGAUCUCACACGGGGGAGAAGCCGUAUUCCUGUCCUGAGUGUGGAAAUGUUUUUCACAAGUCAGUCUUUACAAACAUCAGAGAUCUCACACGGGGGAGAAGCCGUAUUCCUGUCCUGAGUGUGAGAAAUGUUUUUCAGACAAGUCCUUAUCUUCACACACAUCAGAGAUCUCACACGGGGGAGAAGCCGUAUUCCUGUCCUGAGUGUGGAAAAUGUUUUUCAGCAAAGUCCUAUCUUCACGCACAUCAGAGAUCUCAUACAGGGGAGAAGCCGUAUUCCUGUCCUGAGUGUGGGAAAUGUUUUUCAUGGAAGUCCCAUCUUUCCAGACAUCAGAGAUGUCACACGGGGGAGAAGCCAUUUUCCUGUCCUAAGUGA